AUGUCUGCUAUCCAAAAGGCAGUUAUCAUCGGCGGCGGCCCAGCUGGACUCGCAGCGGCGAUCCGACUUAAAGCACAUAAUGGCAUUGACACAACCGUCUACGAGAUCCGGCCGGAACCAACCACUCUAGGCGGCGCGGUGAACAUUCCUUCCAACGGCCUACGCCUUUUUCAUCAGCUGGGGCUGUAUGAGAAGCUCUCUGCCCGAGGGUCCUCCACGUCGCAGCUCACUGUGCACUCUCUGCAGGGCACUGUUCUGGUGGAUUUUGACAUGGCGGGCUGGAGCCGCACAAAAGUAGGGUUUGGUUUCAUGCGCAUCUUACGGACCGACCUUAUGGACGUACUUUUGGAAGCGACUCGGCAGCAGAACAUCCCGGUUCACUUCGGCAAAUGUAUGCAACUCAUCACCGAGGAUGAGAAUGGAGUGAAGGUCACCUUCUCUGAUGGUACCACUGUGUCCUGUGACAUACUACUUGGCUGUGAUGGUAUCCACUCUGCCGUCCGCUCGCUGCAUGUCGAUCCAGCAGCAAAGCCGGUCUACUCGGGCAUCUCCAAUAUGUUCACAAUCCUGCCGACGUCACGUCUCUCGAGUGGCAACGGAGCAAUCCCUCCCGCUCUGCACGCCACGUUGACCCCGGAGGGAAUGCUGGGAGUCAUGCCCUGUACCGCCUCUGGGGACCGUUUAUACUGGUUCUAUUCGCGCGAGGUCCCAGUACCGGACGGGGAAACCGAUCGCGAAGGCUGGGAAGAGUUCGGCGAGAAAGCAGUCAAGGGAUUCAAGGAAAAUACACUGGAGGUCAUUCGGAGCGGGCAUGGAGGCUGGUCGGAACAACUGCGCGAGAUUAUCUCCAAAACCGAUACUAUCAAGUUCUACCCCAUAUACAAGAUGCCGACAGCUGCGACCUGGUCCACAAAACGCUGCUUGCUCAUGGGCGAUGCAGCGCACGCGAUGCAGCCCCAUGCAGGACAAGGCACGUCGAUGGCCUUAGAGGACGUCUUUCUGCUUUCGCGACUGCUGGAAGACUCCACGCGUCCACUGCCGGAGCUAUUCCGGGACUACGAAACCAUUCGCAGACCGCGGGUCGAGGCCAUCACCCUCCAAUCGAGUGAAAAUGGAGAAAUACGGAAAAAUGUCAGUCCCAUUGGGCUCCGGAUUAAAGAAACUGUUAUUGGGCUAGGGUUCUGGCUAUACAAAACUGCGGGACUGCAGAAAUGGGGAAUCGGGAUGCAGCAGAAGGAUUUCGUCUACGACAUCAUGGCGGAGCCUCUUCCGCCAAGGGGCGUUGAUCAAUGA